AUGACUAUGGUGCUAGCCCGAGCAAAAUUGACUCAUUGGUUAAUCGAUGCAGAGCUAAACUUAGUUCAUGUUCACGUGUUGAUCAAUUGUAUUGAAGUUAAACCAUACCUUGAUUCAUUCAUACAAUCCCAACAAAUAAGUGAAUCAAAUGCUUAUACUCGUAUACAUGCAGAAUUUCCUACAUGGUUCAAGAAUCAAGUUAACAAUGAGCCUUUAUAUGUGAGAAAUCAACACUUACAAGAUUUAUCAUAUGGUCCUCUGACUUGUGUUAAAGAAUGGCACACGUUCUUUGUCAAUAGGUAUAAAUUUCACACCCAUGCAUGGAGUGAGGGUAACAAAACAAUAAAUUGUGGUGUUUAUGUUAAAGGGAUUAUAGAAGGAGAAGAAGAUGAUUUCUAUGGAGUUAUUAAACACAUGUAUGAGAUAGAGCACAACACCUCAAUAUAUCCUAAAAAAGUUGUGGUAUUUUACUGUGAUUGGUUUGAUCCAUCGAGUAGAGAUACAAGAAUUGAUCCCAAAUAUAAUAUUGUCGAUAUUAAAAUGGAUAGAAGAUAUCAACUAUUUGAUCUGUUUAUCAUUGCACACAAUGUAAGACAAGUGUAUUGUGCCCUGUAUCCACUACUAGAAAGUUACUGUUCUACAUCGCCAAUUCUACAUCGGUUUAGGUAGAACCAAUGUAAAAAUUGGAUACGAUGGCAUAUUCGUAAAUAUGAGUUGAAUGUAAAGCAAAUUUACAUCGGUUAUGAACAAAACCGAUGUAGAUCUAAAUGUGCGGUGGCAAUUUUGUAAAUAUUUACAAAUAGAUCUACAUCGGUUUUCAAAAUAACCGAUGUAGUAUUACCUCGCGUGGAAGCCCUUUAGCUUCUUCACACAUUCUCUAUCUCUGUG